AUGACUUGUUUGCAGAAGGGAGCUCUCUUCUUCGGCGAGAAGAUUCGCUUAUGGGUCAAUGCAAAAUAUCAGCCGAAAGUAAACGAGGCAGUCGAUUCAGGCACUAUUUAUCUUACGACUCUUCUAACCUGUUACAUCUCCGUACCUGAAAACGAGAGUGGGAGUUUCAAGGGUCCGGUGAACUUCCUAAAAGCGAGCGCCGUUAAAAUACCUGCUUUGGGCGGUGAGUUCACGAAAACCAUCAAUAUAACUUUCCCAUGUCUAGUGCUCUUAUUCAUCCAUCUUCUAGGGUCAUAGCAUUCGUAGAGCUAUUAUGCUAAUGCUGGUCAUUUGAUUGAUUAGGAAAGCAAAUCUUUUGAUGAACUCCGCCUCUGUAUGGAGCAUUCACCAAUGACGUUCCGUGUCAGACAGAUGCGACUUCUGCCCUUCUAUCCUGACUGUAAGGAAUUUAGGAAUCGCCUUUUGACUGGGAGCCGCAGCAUAGAUCCCGACAGUCGAGAAGGCUUGAGCCCGAGACGUUAGCCUUAGUUCUUUCCUAGAGAUCAAGAAAAUCAAAGUUUGAGGUGCGAGACUUCCAGGCCUGCCGCAGGAUUUCGGUUGACUAAUAAUGGCAAAGGCGUAAUUCCUGCAUUCUCGGUCUUUGUUUAUCAUAAAUCUCGAUGAGUUUUUAUUGCCUAACAGCCGAAUGAGCACGCAAGUGAUCAUAAAAGUUCAUCAGAGUUCCCAUGUACGAACUUUUUUAAUACAUUCUACUACAACCGCCAUGGCCUGUUUAUCCGGUGAAUUCUGACUGUUGUUAGCGGUCAUUCUCACCCCCCCUACAGAGAUCGUUUCGCCUUCUUUAAUGAUUUGUCUAAACCUCGGAGAAAGUUAACAACUUGGAUGAUUUCACACGCUGCCCGGCAGCUGUGAAGCCACCACUUUAUGACAAAAUUUCCGCAAUAUUGCAUGAGUCAGCCCCAUUUUCUGCAGGAGAGAGGGAAGAGUGAGUAAUUUUUGUACGAUCAAGGUUUAUCCACUAAUUGGCUUGGUAUUAUGUAAAGUGAUAUGGAUGGCCAAAAUAUACCAGGCGAUUCAUAUGUUUCCGUCUUUAUAUAUUGAGCAGGUCUAUUUCACUUGUUAACAUGUAUGAUCACUUGAUAUACUGACUUAAUUCCCUGAUUAGCGUUCUUUGUAUCUUAUUAGUAUUCAUUGUUGCAUGGUUUAAUUUGUAGAUACAUACAUAAGUAUUCAUUAUUGCGAUAUGACAGAUGUACUGGUAGUAGUUAAUUUCCGAAUGCCAAUAGUGUUAAUAGGUAGCCCCGUCGUAGUUCACCAGAGGGGUGUCAACGCCUGGUAAAGUUCCUAACUUGAGUACCAUCAGGACCACGGUCCCAUACUAGAAACAUAAGUUUGAAGCAACUGGAAACCCAUCCAUUAAGCAGCGAACAAGAAGACCGUCUGCUAAAAGCACAAAAGAAAGUGUAGUCAAUUUCGUAGAGAUGGCACAAACUAACGAGAAACUUCACGAGCGUGUGUGACUACAAUGUUCUGCUUACAAAUAUCGCAAGAAAUUAAAAUAAAAACUUUUAAAUAUGUCUUCAAUUAAACAGUGGCAGAAGAUGUUGUGUUUUAGUCCUCAGAGACGGAGACUUAUGAAUCACACGAUAGUUGUCCUGCGAUUGAAAAGUCAGUCGGCGAACGUACGUUUUCGGCAACUCAUCAGCCGGCUACUACAAUUACAUGGAUAAUGAACUUGUCAGCUAUGGAGAGUAUUUAUAUGUGUGGACCAAUGGAGGUGGUGGCAUGCCUAAGUGCGUGCCUGGCCGUGCCAGCCACCUGCGCCCUCUCCCACCUCCGGUCUUCUUGGCUAUAUCUUGACAUCGGGCCCAGGUGGGAAGGUGGAGGGUGCGGUAGAUGUUGCGCAAGUCUACUCUCAUUAAUAAAUUACUUCACACGAAAGUCACCGUGCCUGCUCCACCCUGCUGUGCAGCACAUGGUGGACAUCGUCGGCAACAACAGUUGAGCUGUCAUGUGUCUCUUGGGACAAAGCUAAUCCCACUAGUUCUUCUCACGCCGUUAGCAUGACGGAGUCAGCGUGCUGAGGACGUUGGGACUGGGGAGAGAGGGGGACGGGGACGUUGUCUGUAGGUCAAACACGCAGAUUGCGUGUGACUGUUCUCGGGACGCUGGGGCGGCGUGCGAUCAGCGCCUCGAGUCGGCCAGGGAAAACAAACUGCCUUCACCAGUGUCUUUUGACAACGGAGGGCUGGGAUCGCUAACCGAGUAGCUACUGCCUCGGCUGUUGCUGUUGUAAGUUCGCUCUGCGUGCUAACGUGUCUCCUUAACUGAACUGUGAAUGUGACGCAAUGCAAACGUUCCUUUGAGCUCGCGUUGGGGUGGUCAUCAUCACCGGUGAGUAGCACUUUAGGCUCCCACAGCGGGCUACGCUGUAAAUCAGCUGGACAAAAAUCGGGGUCAGACUGGCUCCUGGCAUGCGUUCAUCGGGCUGCACCGAGUCCGCACGAGGCCCUAGUUACUGUUUUAUGUUCGGUUGGUGGCACGCCAGAGGAUGUAAGCCUUCACACCGCAUCAGCUAUUGCGUCUGUUGGCUGCUAGGUUCGGACAGUCGACUGGUGUAUGGGGGAGGGAGAUUACGGCUUGUUCGACAACUGGGAGUCAGCUCAUUAGGCACAUCAACCCAUUUUUCGACAUAAUAAGUCCGGCGCGCGUUACUGUAUCACUGCACACUGAAAAUCGUGUCCCGGAAGGCUGUCAGCUGAUUCAGGUCUGAGAGUCCGCCUGCGGUGGUCCCUUUUAAUGCAGGGUUUCGGUAACGAUCGGAUGAAGGAGCCCAAACACACAGGACCAGCCAAAAGUGCUUGUCUUACGGGAAAGGUGGUAAGGGGGGGGGGUUUAACAGGCAAGGCCUGUGUAUGCAUAGAGGAAUGUCAAAAUAAGUUAAAAUAAUUGGAUGUCUGAUACAGUCUGGGGGGGAGGGGGGCUGGUCGAGUCCGCCAGGCAAAGCGGGGCUGUUUCGCUCCCCCAGCCACUGCCCCGCGCUCACCUUCGGUUGUCGCCUUGACAUUGUCUUGUCGUCGAAACAAUGUGGUUAGGGUGGGUGAGUAUGGUAGAUGUUGCACAUGUCUGUCUCACUAUGUGCAAAUUGACGCGAAUGUCACCACUGCUGUGCCCACGCUGUGUGGCACACGGUGUACAUCGUUAUCUGCGGUGGGCGAACUGCCGUGCCGAACAGCAAUCAAAAAAUCGAUUGGCUCCCAAAAUCGCCCAAGGUUAAUCUGGCUUUCGCCGUCUGUGAAUGCCUAAAGAAACAAACCUAACCGACUUUGCGUGCGAAUAAAAUUUGGCUUUACCUGCAUUGCGCUUUUGACAGCGGGGAGCUUGGACGAAAUCUAAAAGAGAUUGAAAAUAGUGGUGGAUAACAACAGUAAGUGACUGAUCUCAUGAUAUGUUGGCCGAAAUUCUGAAAUGCGUUUUGGAUUUGGAAGGAUUACGUAGGUGGGGUUUUAGUAUGGAUUAACAUGCGGCAUAACCCAGUAAUAUUUCGGACUCGCCAGGAUAUCGGCUUUUGAAUGCACUUCUUUUCAAUCUCCUGCAAAACCCAAACUUGGUAAAAAAUGACUACUUACUUAGCAUGCAUUUUUUGCAUUUAUUUUCGAUGGUCUUAUAAAUUUAAAGAAAACAUUUACAAAAAUAUGCUUUCUUUUACUCAUUUGGUAGCAAAUCACGUCCACUUUAUAUUUUAUGCUUUAAAACAGGGUUUAUUUGGGUUUUAAAGAAAUUUUUAAUUACAUGAUUGUUAAGACCGUGCAAUGUACAUCCAUACAGCAUCGUACCUGUCUGUUUACCAUUGCUCCUCAUGAAAUGUACAACAUAGUCCGUACCCAUUGCAAAAUUUCAUGAAAACUAAAUGGUAUCUUUUCAAAGGCAUAGAGGAAUAAAUUAUUUUCCUUACACGGAAAGCAUGCGCCUUGUAGAAUGAAACCAUUUAACGCUAAUGCAACGGCUGAUCUGUUUUAAAAUUAUUCGGGAAUUGAAAAACUCUUUUAAAACCCAAAUAUACCCUGUUUUCAAUCACCAAAAUGUAAAGUAAAUGUGAGUUGCCACCGAAUGAGUAGAAGAAAGCAUAUUUUGUGAAGGUUUUCUAUAAAAUAUAUCUGACUUUAUAAGACCAUCGAAAAUCAAUGCAAAAAAUGGAUGAUAAAUAAGUAGUCAUUUUUUUACCAAGUUUGGGUUUUGUCGGAGAUUGAGACGAAGUGCGUUCAAAAGCCGAUAUCCUGGCAAGUCCGAAAAAUUACUGGGUUAUGCCGCAUGUUAAUCAGUACAACAACCCCACCUACGUUAUCUUUUCAAAUCGAAAACGCAUUUCAGAAUUUCGGCCAACAUUUCAUGAGAUCGCUCACUAACUGUAUGUCUUUUGCUCGGGAAAUUUGUCGUAAGAUAAAAGCCGAAAAGCGAAAUGAACUGUACUAGAUGAGGAAUGUGUUGGAAACAGCGACGUACAACAAACGGAGCAACAGAUUGACCGAGCCCCCUGAAUAGGUCACUCUUAAGCUAAUCUUCUCCUAUGAAAAAGAGUUCAUUUUCAGUUUUUCAAAUGCUUAGAACUAUUACUGACAUGAUCUGCGAAAAGGACCUCAUGUCCACGGUAGUCGAUUGUGCAGAGAUUGCAGCAUGCUGGUCUAGGAGUCUUUUUUUUAUGUUAGAAGUUAGAAUUGAUGUUUUUGUAGGCCUGCGGAAUUCCUAUACACGCAUUCGGGCACUUUCUGCUGAAAGUAUUGUCCUUCUUAAAUUGGUUCGACGGUGCACGUUCGGUGUUUUAAUAAGGCAGUUGUAGUGCAUAUACCACCUAAUAAACGAAACUGUGGUUAAGAUUUAGUUGAAGCGGAAUAAGGACCUGACCCGAUCACAAUGUAAUUGAGAGGCUGUGGGCAUUUCUAGCUGGACGUACAUACGUAAACAAAUAGCCGGGUAUUUGUGAGACAGCCAUUUUCUGACUUUUCUUCUUUCUUGGCAUUGUAUUAAUUUGUUUUGUGAUAAAAGUCAUGUUUGCGCUAAAAUUAGUCACUGUUAGUCUUUUAUGCGAAUAGCCGGAUCGAUUUAUACAAAACUUCCGAAAGCUCAGCAAAAGUAAGUGGCUCUAUAAUGAUAGGGUUCAACCCCGACUUUACUGUUAAAAACCAAGUUAUGUACAGUCAACUCCAUCCCAUUAGUUAACAGAUGCCCGCAAUUGCAAGUAUGCAUCAUCAUGCUUAGUAGGGAGAAGGUGAUAUUGUCAAGGUCCCCACUACAACAGUCGCAUUCAAAUUGAUGCCGGACCUGGCACAUCCGAUUCCGAUGGAUAAACUUCGAGGUGAUCAGAAAUUUUAGACGAAAUUGUAGUAUGUAUUCAUAAAAUUGAUUUUUGCCAUAAACUUCAUUACUAACGCUGUGGGACUCACUGAUGAAUGGGCGCCUCGCUGUUGCAUCCGACAGCCGCAUACCGAUUAGCGAAACAUAUGGCAAGGUUUUUCGAUUGUUUUUGUGUCGCGAACCCGGGAAAGUUAAAUCUCUCUUACAAAUUUAAUAUUAUCCAGGUCCCGAAAUCCGAAAUGUCGAGCCUUCCUUACACCGUAAAGCCUCAUCGACUUCCCAUCAGCAUUCCUGCAUCAUGUUGGGAACUUAAGGCCAUUGUAUAUGUCAGAGAAAGACCAAGGACCCAAUGAACGAUCAUUCCUCUCGACGUUUGUGUUUAUCGUCCGGUCUGUCAUUCAUUUGAAAAGAAACUCGCGUGAUUUUGUGCUCAGUCAUGAACACCCAAUGUCUCCCUGCAUACUUUAGUGAGGCCAUCUUACAGCCAGCACCUUUUUUCCAACGAACUAAGAUUCCAAAUCACAAGUUUUCCUUUUUGCAGCUUGAUGCAAUCCACUGGCAUGUUGUUCUAAAAUGUGAUAUAAAUCGAUGACUGAUAUUUUAAUGUCAUCUGAUAUUUUUACGCCAACAUUUUGACGCGCAUCUCAAUGCCUUCGGUUCUUUCAGACUCCAGCCUCUUGGUUGAGGCUUCCGGCCUCCGAUCUCCAUGCCUACAGUUUGAACCACGGCGCUCAUUCUUAUACGACACGUCUUUUAUAAUCUACUGCGAUUUUAUUCCCGGCGUGAUUGACCCCCUUUUCGGACACCGGGAAUGUUUCGUCGCGUUUAGUGCACAACCGAGGCUGUGGAAAUGUAAGCAUUGCUUUUCGGACGUUUACUAUGUCUAGACUUGCCCGUAUUUUCUUCCCCCUCUAGCUAGACAUUGAACAUACGGUGGACGUUGUGACCAUCGGAUCAGGUCGGUGUGUAAGGAAAACAAAGGAAAACAAAUAAUUUAUUAUUAUCAAAUAAACCCCUCCCGGUGAACGCCCACUCUUCUUUGGAUUUGCCACCUGGGAAUCGGAUUUUCACUACUAUUGAUGAAAACAAAGGCACAUUGUAAAAAGAAGAGCCGAAUGCCGAUGUUUCGCGGUUAUUUAUGUUCGUCUUCGUUUGCAUCCUUCAAAGUAGACAGGCAUAACCGACUUACGGAUGGAAGCGAAUAUGCGAAUCCCAGGUUCUUGUUGCAAAGAAGAUGAAGAUCCGAUCUCUGGGACAGUGGGUUUAUUAGUCUGAGCUUUCGGUCUCGUACAGGAGCGCGCGCUCCGUUCCCGCGGCCAAGGGGCGAGACCCAAUUUACAGCCAAGGGUGCACGCAGUCACGCCACCGUGAGACGGCGUGGGACGCAACUUAUCGAGAAUACCACCCGCUGCACUCAUAUCUCCCCCCCCCCCCCUUCAUGGCGUGACUACAAAAACCGCUCAUUUGAUGUUGCCUUCUCACAGUCUCUGACGAUGGCCUCCUGUACGAUACCGAAAGCUCAGACUAAUAAACCCACUGUCCCAGAGAUCGGAUCUUCAUCUUCUUUAUAACCGACUUAAUUUGAAUACUCUUUCGGAGCACAGUGUUAGAUGAGAUUUAGACUCGACUCGACCACCGAGUGAUAAUAAAGUUUGAUGAACUUCGGGGUUUCUCGCGGACUGGCACCAUGUCACUCGCCAUUGGCGUCGGAGAAGUUAGUCAUGACCACAGUCAUAUAAAAUACUGCUAGUCGUGGUGCCGGUGGGGCUUCAGAUAUUCAGUUUGUUUGCUGAAAACCCGCAGUUGUGACGUCAGUAGUUCAAAUUCUGAUUUUAUACUCAUUACGAUCGAGUGAAGUGAGAACAUUCAGGCGUUUUAAUUAUCUACAGUGUGAUAAAACAGGCCUUAUUCUUUGUUGACAUGGCUAUAAGGCGGGAGUCGUUAAUCUUAUUGCAUCUUAGGGCUCCAGUCUAGGACGACUGUUGACUUUCGCGUGCCGUUGAGCAGACACGAUUGAAAAGAUGAGGGUUAAAGCAUUCCCUUGGAUCGAUUAGAUUGGUAGGCUGCAUGCUGGUAACAUGACCCAAAAGCAGGUCGGUGUGGUUUGAGCUUCAAGGCACACACAGCGGUUAAAAAUUCGACGCCAAUUUUUUGGCCUCUCCUAUACACACAUUUUGCGUAUAAUUCAGCUGGUCCAAUUAUGCUUUUGAAGGUGGGCGCUUCCAAGUAGGUUAGGUCAUCACUGGGCGCAUUAAAUAUGACUAGAAUACAUGGUACGAUUUCCAUGCUGUGCCUCGAAUUACGAACGCUCUCAUUUCAAUAGUGACCGGUUCGGGGUCAUAGGAAACGUGUCUGAUGAGGAAGCGAUAGAUUGGGGUUCUUCCCGAUAACAUUCAAUCAGAUUUUGGAACAUCCCUUGUCUGCAUCACUCAGCAUUCCAACCGGCUAGGAUUUGCUGCAGAACAACGCCCCUAGCUGGCAGUGAUCUGCCGUACAAAGUAAUCAGUUUUCAGAUGUGUAUGAGGUGGUGCCCGAUCGUAAGCAAAUCUGAAGGCAGGAUGCAGUAAAGCGUAUGCUCUUAGGUUGCUUUGAGUUCGGUUGGGUUUUGAAUUUCUACUGGCUACAUCUUCCAACCAAUUGCAAUCGGUGACUAAACUUUCCAAUCCAAAGUGAGAAGAGACAGCGAAUAUCUUGGUGAAGUCUAAAGCGAUGCGGAUCGCAUAAAGAUGACUUUAUAAAACUAACAGGCUGGUGAUGUAUGCAACAAGGACUAUGGUUGCAGUAGGGGGUGUUCUCUGCAUAUUCGCCUAGGAAUUCUAUUUCGAGGACUAUUGCCGAAGGGAGAAGCAAUUUUUUCAUUAAUUACCGCAUUAACUCCACCCGAGUGCAGUUGGCAAGGCACAUCGGCGAAAUUUCUUUCGUGAUAGAGACUGCUUGCUGAAUUUUCCUUCAGUUCUUCUUUCAUUGUUAAUGAUUUUUAAAUCCGUAGAACAGGGUCAACUAAGUACUUCUUUUUUAUACUGCUUAGCACUCGGCAAAUCGGUAUCGCACAUUUUGGUUUCGGCAAAGCAAGGACGAAAUCUCAUCGGACUCGACUGCCAAACAAACGUUCUCUUUCAGAGCAACGAUUACGGCACAAACUGGCAACCAGUUAGCAAAAGCUUCUACGAAAUCAUAGUCAAGCAGAGCCCGGAGUUUUUGACGUGGCCCAAACCGACUGAAAUCCACAGAGCGGAAAUUAAGCCCGGCUUCUCACCGACCGAAUAUGGAAAACAGUGCAAUCGGUGGUCUGCGGGACCCUGGAAAAGUACUUAUAUUUAUACUUUUAGCCAAAAACCAGGAGCCUUUUUGAUUUUUACUGAAUGUUUAAACCUCUAGUUGACUAAUUGCAACCAUCCAGCGAAUUCUGAUGGCUAUUUGGCCACUUAUAACAAUUCCGAAUAAAAUUCCGCCAGUGUUCAACAUUCGGAUUAAGGAGUCAGGGUGAAAGCCUCAAGUAUGACGUUUUGAAAAUGAGCUGCAAAGACUUUCGACAAACGUUAAUUUUUACAGAAUUCAAGGGUAGUAUGGAACAAAAAAUGGGUAAUGCGCGAGACUGAUCUCCCCCGUACGCAUUAGUGAUGGCCUCGCCCCAAAUUCCAGGGGCGUUCGGGUCAGGGUUAGCGUUAGUAUUCUGUUUAGAAGGGUUAGGAUUAGGGUUAGGGUCAAGACUAGGGUUAGUUUUAUGGGGAUUAGUAUUUAGGCAAGAAGGUCAGGAUUACGGUUAUAGUUAGGCCACGGAAUAGGAACCCCUGUUGGGAGUCCGUAUCGCCGUGCUUGACCAAAAAGAGCCUGCCAGUCUUGCUGUUUGUUGAUACAUAUUCAUACAGGAACCUCGGUUUGUUAACGCUACUGGUAAAUAAAGUAACUCAGCCUCCCUUCUUCAGUGCAUGCCAAAAUUCCCAAAAAACGGUAUCUUAUUUUAGAAUUCUAGAUCUGAGCACUUAUUCAAGAAUUAAUUGAUCUGAGCUGAUGUGAUCUGGAUCGGAUCUGAUCUAAUUCGUAAUAGGUUAUAAGGGCAUCCACCGUGCCUGACUGAACGGUGCAAAGAUUGAGGUUUUCAGUAGUAACGAUGGAGGCCUGUUUGACUUUAUAUUUACAAUGGAAUAUAAACGGUUACGCUUGCCUUUUGGCACGCAAAUAUCGACUUCUUAAUAUAACAGGCGGACUCCCCUAAAUCCCAGGAGGUAGGGGUUGGGUUAGGAGUGUUAUGGUCAGUGUGGGGUUUGUGUGGAGUUAGUUUCAAAGUUAAGGCGCAGAAUAGAAGUCCCUGGAAUUUGGCCCGGAACCCCCUGUAGUACUGGGAAGGGUCAUAUUCCCGUGUUUGAUUACAUGGAAAGUAUUAGUCCGGUAACGUUUCUAUAAGAAAAAUCAAAGGAACACCUUGCUUUAAUCAGUCACUUCAAGUGCAAUUCGGAGAUGGAAAUAUUGCGUCGAUUCUUCCAAAUAGACUUUUAAAACUUAUGACCAGAUAUAACUCAGUCAUUUAUGUGUCUGACCUAUCGUUACGCAGAUUUUUUGAGGAUGUUUAGCGCAAACGCAUGCAAAGAACCGUCUUCUGACAUUACUUGCCUAUUAUUUUUCAUUUACUCAGGGAUCCGCAUGGGCAAGUUCUACAUACAGCAAUCUUUUCGGCAUUUCUAACCAACGAAACGGCACUCCAAAUAGUUGUUUUCGAUUUUUACUUAAUGGGAGGUCAUUCAUUACAAGUAUGGUGUUUUGGUGGAUCAGUUAGACUGAUUCCAUUUAAAUACAGUAAGUGUACUAGCUCAUGAAAUGUUAAAAGAAGUUCAGAAAUUCGUUUUUGUUUCGAAAAAAUUAAUCACAUAGUGUUGUAAAAGUAAUCAUCGUGAAGCAUAAUUCUAUAAUAAGUCAGUUACCUCAGGAUGUCGGCUUUCGAACGAACUUCUUUCCCGCUGCAUGUAAAAACCACACUCUUCAAAAAAUGACUACGUAAUAGGGUAUAUCCUUCUCAUUGACUUUCGAUGCCCUUGAAAAUUCAAUUAUAUUUCAUGGAAAACACGCAAAAAAAUUUUCAUUCUCCUACUUGUUUGGUGCCAAACUACGUCUUCUUUCAAUUUUAUGCUAGAAUAAAGGGAAUAAUUCAGUUUUGAAAAAGUUUCUAUUGUGAGAUUUUUUAAUUCCGUGAAAUGACCGCUCACAAAACAUCUUGUGUCCGCAUUUGCUAAAGUGACUUCUAAAGUUUACAAUAUGGCUCAAAUCCACUGUUACACUUUAUGGAUUGUAUAUAGUCUCUUCCUAAUACAGUAGAGAAAUGUCCGGUUUUCCGUACGCGGAAAAUAAUCAACUUGUAGUUUGGGAGCCCUGAAUAUAAAUGUAACGGUGGGUCGUGUCCAAAAUUAUCCGGGAAUUGGAAAAGCUUUUGAAAACUGAAUUGUACCCUUUAUUUGAGUAUAAAAUUGGAAAAAGACGUAAUUUCCUACCAAAAAAGAAUGUAAUUGGACUUUUAAGGUCUUCGAAAAUCAAGGAAAAACUUCAUGCUACAUAGUAGUCACUCCUUACAGAGAUUGAUUCUUUACAUGCGGCCGGAAAGAGGCUCGUUCGAAAGCCGGUACUCCGAGGUAACAGGAUUAUUAUAAAAUUAUGCAGCUAUUUGAAUAAUAUUUUUUUAACAAGUACGCAUUUCAGAACUUUGAUUAACAUUCAAAUAGUUAGCACACCUACUAUACAUUAUGUGGGUUAGCUUACAUACUUUAGUGCUUUCAUUUUUUUUCAAACCCUACUUUAUUAUGUACAUCUUGAAGUUAAACAGGAAUAGUCACCAAAAUAUUUGGUUUUUCCGGCUUACAGACGCUGCAUUGAACAAAGUUUCAUUUCAAGUAUUUGAAGUGUGAUCCUUAUGUAAUUUCAAGAUUUUUGUGUGCCAGACUCCUUUUGGAGUUUUGUCCCCAUCCACGAAAAUCAAGUUCAGACAGAGAAUAUUGGUUGUCUUGGACUGGACCUUUUCCCAAUUGUUUUGGAUGCUUCGGUGAAAUGAACUAUGUUAGCGGGGAAAGAUUAGCAAGGUUAUCUCCAGCAAUUUCUUACUAACCACGCCUUUUUGCGAGAUUGGAGCUGCCAACGUAGUGUAUUCUCGUUAAAGGAAAUUUUGAAAUGAUAAUCAGGAUAAAGUGUGGAUCGGGCACAAAUACUCUCGUGUGCUCAUAAGUUUCUUAAAGUUCCUAAUGUAACAGGCCAGUAGUUUCAAAGCUAUUCCGGUUUUCUGUGAAUAUCAACAAAUAUCCCAUCACGGCCUGGUAAGGGCGCUGCAACAUUUUGAGGAAGCCCACGCGCAAAGAUGUUAGUGUUUUUACAAAGAGGUCAAAAGCAACCACCUUCUUUUUUCUGUUUAGUGGAAAAAACAACAACUUUUUCCCAAUAGGCUGGAGUGAUGUGUAAUUUCAGAAAUUAUUAUCCCCGCCUGGAAUCUUCGUGGAAGACGGCGAGGCAUACCAAGGACACCACUCCGACGGAAUCUUUUUUCACCAAUCUGAUUUUAUUUUCCUCGCUAAUCAACCUUGCGACACCACACGAACUAAGUUCCUUUUGGCCAAAAACGCAGUUAAAUACUUAGACUUCUACUUCCUUAGUUUCGGCAAAUACAGCAUUCUCCACGACUGGCCAUAUUUGAUAUCACUUACAGGCUGAAAUGUUACGGUUUCUUUUACUUGACUGCUAACGCGAUUGUGCUUGUAAAUGGAAUUUGUUCUCACAAACAAUGCAAAUUUAAGCUUGUCAGUAUUAUGUAAACAUACGUGUGAAAAUUGCAGUGUUUAAUACAUUCGAAAAUUAGACCAGGCCGACAUUUUUCUUGCUUCUAUUUAUGAAAUCCUCACUGCCUCGUCUACCAACAAUGUUUUAGGUAUUUUUUCUCUUUCUUUUUAGUUUGCUACAACGGAAUAUUCUACGAGGACGCCAUGGUACUUAAGUGGACUAACGCUUGA